AAUGAUUGACGAUUUACUUUGUUGUUUAUCUUUUGUUGUCUUUGUUCACAUCAUUUUUAAAUAAGGCUCGAGGGUACCAAAAAAGGUCAAGGCACAUACUGUCAUAUCAAUGUAAAUCACCAGUUUAGUGUAUUAGUUUACAUUAUGUAGUAAUCUGCACCAGUGAUUUGUGGGAUCAACUAUUUUAACAAUUAUUUACGAUUUCAGUAACUGGACACUUAGAACUCUCAAAAAUGGACCAUUCAAGAUCCCCAGAAAGUGAAACUGAAGAGAUGUACGAUAACCAGAAUUGUUGUGAUACCCCCACAAAACCACUAUUAACAGAGGAACGAAUGAGGAGAAAACUGCAAUUCUUUUUCAUGAAUCCCAUCGAAAAGUGGCAAGCUAAGAAAAGAUUUCCAUAUAAAUUUAUUGUACAGGUUAUAAAGAUAUUACUAGUAACCAUGCAGCUGUGCUUUUUUGCCUACUACAGAUACAAUCAUGUAAACUAUACAUGGGACAACAGAAUAACAUUUUCACAUUUAUUCCUAAAGGGCUGGGACGCUACAAGAGAAGUAAACGCUUAUCCUCCGUCAGCAGGUCCUUUAGCAAUCUAUAGAGUUGAUGAGUUUUAUUCAACGAUAGAUUACGCUUAUAAAGGAUAUGCUGACUUAGACAAGGCGAUUGGCCCCUACUCUUACGCCAAUGAAGACAACACCAUGAGUGAUAUGGUAUUGUGUUUGAAUCAAUAUAAAGAAGGUACUAUAUUCGGUUUUAAUGAAUCGUAUAUAUUUAACAGUGAAAUAGUUACGGAGUGUUUUAAUAUAUCUAAACCUCUUAGUGGACUUCUUGAUUCAAAGUUAUAUAUAGAACAACAACAUAUUGAUGUGAACUUUUCUGCCCUAGUUAACGCAGAGUUAAUAUUUCCUAUUAAAACAGUGAACUUUAAAGCAGCUGGAAGAAUAACUCCUCCGAACUGCUUUCUUUUUAAUAUAGUCAUUGCCUUUGAUAAUGCAGAUCAUGAUGGUCAGAUGUUAGUUGCACUGGAAGCUGAACCAAUACGCUUAACCUGUCAAGGUGACAUUUCAUAUAAAACUGAUAAUGAAAUAGAAUCGAUUCUAAGAAGUAUUCUGAACUACCUAGUGAUCUUCAUAUGUAUUACUUCGUUUAUUUUGUGUUCAAGGGCGGUGUGGAGGGCACAGCAACUUAAGACGAUCACCGACAAAUUCUUUAUAACCAGGUUUGAGCAACCGUUAACCCAUAAAGACAAGCUGAAAUUCUUAAAUCUUUGGUAUAUUAUGAUAAUUAUAAAUGACGUAUUUAUUAUAGUAGGGUCUAUUAUUAAGGAAAAUAUCGAAAAAGAAUCAUUUGCUAGUGACCAAUGGAAUGUAUGUAGUUUAUUUUUAGGUAUAGGUAACUUAUUAGUUUGGUUUGGAGUUUUGAGGUACUUAGGUUUUUUCAGAACAUACAAUGUAGUUAUAUUAACUUUACAAAAGGCUGCACCACAAGUGGCUCGAUUUUUAUUAUGUGCACUCUUAAUAUAUGCAGGUUUUACUUUCUCAGGGUGGCUAAUUUUGGGGCCAUAUCAUCUCAAAUUCAGAUCUUUAUCAACCACAUCGGAAUGCCUAUUUUCGUUAAUUAACGGAGAUGAUAUGUUUGCUACAUUCUCAAUAAUGUCACACAAGUCACCCUUAUUAUGGUGGUUUAGUAGAGUCUACCUAUAUUCGUUUAUAAGUCUCUACAUAUACAUUAUUCUAAGUUUAUUUAUUUCUGUUAUAAUGGAUGCUUAUGAUACAAUUAAAUUGUAUUAUACCGAUGGCUUUCCUAAAAGCAAUCUUGAAUCUUUUAUAGGAGACACUAAUUUAGAAGAUGUAUCCAGUGGUUUGUUUAGAACCGAUUCGACUGAUAGUUUGGGAGGUUUAAUGAAAGAUUUGUGUUGCUGCAAAAAGGUUUAUCAAUCUUAUUCAACAUUAACAUCAAGUGCCCAAUCUCGAACUAGUAUUUUAAUAUAAAAUAGAAAAUACUGUCUUGUCAAAGCUUUAUCUAUAUUAUUUUGUACAAAAUUAUUUUGUAAAAUUUUUCUUUUGGGUUUAUAGAUUAUUGUCCAUAUUAUUUAUAUCCAUUCUUCCAUUUUAUAACUUUUGGUAGCAAAGUGUUUGAAACCUAAAUAAGCCAAAGUUAUUUACAUAAAACCACUGAUCUUAAGUGAAAUUGGAUUAGAACAGCUACUUUUUCUUCUUUUGGCAUGAUAACUCUGAAUGGGUCUUUACCUGUCUAGAUAUGUCCUUCCAUUCAGAUCCCCCUCGUGUGCCUUUCUCCUUCAUUGUUUUAUAUUCAAAGUUUUCAGGUUGUCUUCCACAUCAUCCAUCCAUCUCAUGCUAAGUCUUUCUAUCAACUUCCAGUGUGAUAUUUUCUUUGUUAAUUUCGUAUCAUCUUGUCUUUGGAUAUGUCCCAGCCAUGACAGUCUCUGACUUUUCACCAAUCUUACAAUACGGUGCCCUUCAUUGAAUUCAAUAAUCUCAUCCUUUCUCAGAACCUUUCUCUCGAAUUUUCUGCCUUAUGCUUUAUCUUUUUCUGUAAUUACCCAGGUUUCACACCCAUAGGGUCUAAUGAGUGUUGUGUAGAUGUUAGAACAGCUACUAUAAUACAUGAAUAAAUUAGCACACAAAAAGGAACAAGCUGCAUACAAAUUUCAUUCUAUUUUUCUUUAACAUUUUUUCCAUCUAAUCAAUGUUAAUAUUGUUCAUAGUUUUCAUUGUGGUUGUUUAGAUCAAUUACACUAUAUUUCUAGUCCAUUUUUAAUCAUCCUUUUAUACAUUUUUUUCCUCAUGGCAUCAGUAAGUCAACAUUCUACAUUUGUAGCCCAUGCAAUAUCUGUUUAGAAUUGGGCAACAUCCAUAAACUAUGUUGUAAAAAAUUUGGACUGUUUAAUACCCUUCCCCUUCACCAUAAAGUGCCGUUUACAGUCCAGGCCCUUCCUCAUGUAGACGUCCCAAAUGCAACUGAAACAAAAUAAUUUAAUAUAAUAAAAAAUAAGUACACAGUAUUUAGUGAAAAACUUACACUGAACAAUAUAGGUAUUGUACCCUCGGAGAUCGCUGGGAAAAUUUCCACUCAAAAUAACAAAAUUCAGUUUGGCAAUACUGUGUGAAGGUUAAUAGUAACAUAUCCUUUUUAACAUAAACACAACUGUAAUUUAGUCCAAACAAAUUAAUAUAUUUUUUUGCCAACAAAAAUAAGAUUUUUCAACCAAAUAAUGUUUCAAAUAUGAUGUGCAAAAUAAUUUUUAAUUGGGUUCUGCUAAUGGGCUUGCUUUUUUGUCAUUAAAGUAAAAAAAAAUUAAAAUUUUACUCAUUAAGUCAUUAUUGUCUGGUUAUCGUCUUAAUUAUUUUAACUGUACUAAUAUCCGUCGACUAAUUCUGAAUGAUUAACAGAUUGUUAAUUCAUUUUAUCUGUAGCGGCUUUUGGAAUAUCUUAAAAAUAUCGAAUUUCAUUGAUAAAAUGCGCAUAUCGAUCUUCGCUUCGACCAUACAUAUAAAUUAAUAAUUUUAAUUCUUUUUCUUUUCCAACCAUUUGCUGAUGUCAUUAAUAUUAUUUUUUUGUUCUUUUUUAUGGGGAAACUUACUUCAGGAUCUAUAUUUUUUAUGUCAAUAUUCUAAAUAUUCAGAUUUAUCAGAAUCUUUCUAAAGGCAUAAGUAAAGCAGAUUGUCUAUAUUUAGUAAUGUUUAUUGGGCAAACUCGACUGCAUAUUGAGCGAACUUUCUGAUUUAUGUAGUUCUAUAGCUUUUUUGGUGGGAAAAUAUAUACAUUUUUUAUACAUGUUAGUAAUAUUGUUUUUUUACGGAAUCUUUACCUUGCUAAUAUAACACAAUAUUUGCUUUGCCUACAUAACCAGUUUUAGUAUUGAUAUUAUCAACAUUCAUGUAAAUGAGCCAAAAUACAGACUUCAUACAUGUUUUAGAUAAUUUAAUGAAAUAAAACAAUAAUUAAGUUAUAUCACAUAAACCCUUCUCAUCUAUAAAUAUGAUAUCACUUAUGCUAUGUCUAUACUAUCACUUCUGUUGUUCAUUUGAUUGAAUUUAAUUAAAAGCAAAUUGUCUGCUGUCAAGUUUUAUUUUUCCAAAGUUGUGCAUAAACUACCAGUUGUUGCGGUUACUGUACUUUACUAUAUACACUACUCCAAGAAAAUAACACUUUACCUUAAAAAUGGGUCAUUUUUGAUGGCUCAAAUUUUCUAAUCCUGUUGUCUGAUUUAAGUGAUUUUUUUAAUUAGUUAUAGCCUUCUUCUUUAACAAUACUGCUGUAAAAUUAUUGUUGCUAGACAGGUAAAUUGUCAUAACUCAACCAGUCUUAGAGCAAUAAAUAAAUCAUUAGCUUGUAAGAAAAAAUUCAACACCCUGUAUCUCAGAAUCAAAGUAUUGUGGACAUACGUUUAUAUAGCAAACUGUCAUUAUUUUUUCAUGCAGUGCAGAAUUACCCGUUAAAGUUUGCCAUUCUUAUUUAAAAACGCCCUGUAUUGAUGAAAAAGAAGGCCAGUUGUUAAAGUACCUAACUUUUUUAUUAUCCAACAUAAGCGAAUGAAUCAAAAAACAUAUCAUUACGAAAACCUGUAGCUAUAGUUAGGUUUCAAUCUCAGUAUUUUAUAAAUGCUAAAAUAUUUCACAGGGUGUUGCGAACUUUGAGAAAAAAACAGUUUGAUUCAUACACCCGGUAUACAAUGACAAUUUACUUGUCUAGCAACAAUAUUAUUACAGCGAUAUUGUUAACACGUUGACGGACAGAACGUCUAAGUUUCUUUGAUGUAAUGUGACACAACGUCUAUAGACGUUGCAUUUUUCCCUAUUUUACUUUGCAAAAUACAUAUUAGUGUCACAAUACUUGCUUAUACAUUUGAUGCACUGUCUGUCAACAUGUUAAAGGAUGUAUUGAUAUAUUUGAAUAUUAACAUAUUAAAAAUCACUUAAAUUGGACAAUAGGUUUAGAAAAUUCUAGACAUCAAAAUGACCCAUUUUUAAGGUGGUGCGUUAAUUUCUUAAGCAGUGUAGUUAGACAAAUUAUUAAUUUUGAUGUUAAAAAGUUAUACAAAAGUGACAUUUUCCUUACUGAAUUUAUUUCUGCAUUUUAAUGUAUAUGAAGGCUAGUUGCUUUAUUUUUUAAUGUAAGGUUGUUUUAUUCCAUUGUCUUUUUUCCAUUGUCUUUUUUUCUUGUUUUUCCACUUAUUUUUCAUCUCUGAAUGCUCCAAAAUAUUCUCUAGAUUUUUAAGUUCAAAAGUUUUAGAACAUUUUCUGUUACUAUUAUUACAUAUCUUCGCCUUAGUACUAUAACUUGAUAACUCCAAAAUUGACGUUUUUGAGAUAACUAGUUCACAAGAUGUAUUUUAUUUUCCUCCAUAUUGUGUAAAAACUUAAUAACGGGUUAAGUAUUUAUUUAUGAUUGACGAAAGUUGAUAAAACUCAAAUGCCCCUAAUAUUCAGUGCUAAAACUUGACAAGAUGAGUUAUCAAGCUAUUAUUUAAUCGAAAUUUAUUUAAGCGAAUGAGAUCUACACUGAAUGCUACAACUAGCUAACUCUAGUUAUCUAGUUGUAGCACGUGUUUUUCUGAAACCAUUGAGCCUAUCACGUAAUUGCUAUCUGUUGAUUCGGUUCAUGUUAUUGCGAAAAUUCGAAAAUUGUUAGCAGAUCUGGCAACCUCCAUGGCGGAGCGCUAAUUUUCACUAAAAUAAUGCUUAAAAUAUUAGUUUUGUUAAAAAGUUCACUUAGAUACAACUUGGCAGGACAGGCUACAUUACCAAAUGUUAACAUUGUGAUAGUGCUAAAAGUUGAUAACUUUAUUUUUUCAUGGUAUUUUCCAUAUUGGAAAACAAAUUUGCAUCGUAUUCCUAAAUAGAUCAGUAGCCAAAAAGUUAAGGAACAAUAUUUUAGAGCUGCAGAGUGAAUUCCGUAAUUACCAACAUCAUGGUUGCAGCACAAAUAUCUUUAAACUCUUUAAGACCGUUUAUCUCAGAACUACUAAUUUGGAGUUAUCAAUUUAUAGUAUUAAGGCGACGAUAUUAUACAUAGUUUCUGUUUCAUAGGCGAUUUUACAGUGUAAUUAAAAUAUUUGAUCUACAUUAUAUUUUUCUGAUAAGGAAUUGUUUUUGUAAACAAUAUUUACACUAUAUCACCAAUACGGGAUCCUUAUCAGUAUAUCAAAUUUACCAAAUGAUUGAACUUUGCCUGAAUGAUUCAAAAACAAACAAGAAAAUAUCAUUAGAUUUUUCCUUUAUGGCACCCACUAAUUUAUUUAUUGGAUUGGACAUUUAUUUUUAAUCAUCUUACUUCAUCUAUAGUUUUCAUCUAUCAUUUUGUAGGAUAUCCUCCAUGAUCUGGUUGUAUAUUUUACUAUGACAUACUACUUUAUAUAUUCAAAAACAAAAAACACAUACUACAUUAUGUAUUCAAAAGUUAUCAUCGGAAUAAAAUAAUGGCAUCAAUACAGAUGCUAUUUGUUGCCCAAUGUUUGUUGAGGUGUAGCCUAAAUAAUUGAACUAAUGGACCCUUUACAUUUCAACUUGUUAUCUUCUUUCACUUCCAGUGUUAAAGUUUAAAUUAAGUCUUACUUUUUUUUGUGGUGGUGCCGUAUACGCCAUCAGAGUUUUAUCUAUCGGCAGACGCUCAGAACCGUUCUUUAAGUUGAAAACUCAUCCAUUUUUUUACGUAAGAUAGUAUUUUUACACCCAAUCGUCUUCCUGUAACCAAAGACUGACAAAAAUAGUAUAUACCAAAUGUUCUGGGUCUGUGAAUGUUUCUUUUGCACCUCCCCUGGUAAGUAGGUCUGUUUUUUCAUUCCCUUUAACACCACAAUGUCCAGGCACGCAGGAUAAACUGACUUUAAAGCUUUCCAAUCCGAGUCAGAUACUGAAAACAGUUCCUUGGAGCCAAUCCGAUUCGAUUCCAGUGUCUUUAAUGUCGCCUGGUUAUCAGAUAUAAUUUUUAUAGAUCUUCUAGUUUUUGGCAGUUCCUACAGCACAUCUCUAUAGAUAAAAUUUUUACUUAGUAGUAAGGAAGAUAGUAGAGUGAUUACUUAAGCCUUUACGAAGGCUUAACCUUGGUAUUACGUCUUUCCCUCACUUAUGACGUUGGAGAGACAAGUAUCCUCAGUUGCAGAAAAUAUGUUCGACCAUUUCCUCCGGAUUAUCGCAGAAUCUACAUGUUACUAUUGUUUGUUUUUUAACCAAGAGGAGUGAUUCAAAUUUACCGCACCGUAAUGCUUGUUUCUAAUUGGUCCAACCGCAGGCAAGUUUACUCCACUGUUAAUAAAUUUUGACACUAAUGACAUUUAUGAAAUUUUGGCACCUCUGUCAUUUUAUUGGUUAAUUAAGUAUAUCGGCGAUUUUUUGUGUUUUCUGCAUUAUUCCUUUAAUAUUUAGAUUUGUAGUCUACUUUUAUAUAAAAACAGUUGUUUUUAGAACUCUUUAGCGAUGUGUUAGUAUUCGCAAAAUUAAAUUCCAACAGAGGGCGCUCAAAAUUUCAAAGAUGGACGACAACGCUAGGAAAACAAUUCAUUUUGUCAUUUGAAUUCAGAGUUCUAAAACGUUAAAUUAAAAUCAUUUACAGGAGUGUUUGGCCAAAGUAACCACUAAGUUUUGCAACUAAGACAUCUUAUAAGUUAAAGACGACUCAAAAUUAUGUUUAAUCUGUAUGCAUUCAUUAAAAUUUGAUGCUAACUACUGAUUUGUUUUUACUUUUUUUUUCAUAAAAAAAUCUGGCCCCCGAUAAUCACAUAGCGUUCUAAAAAUUAUUAAUCUAUCUUAGGAUUUCUCAUUUUGUUUUUAAUUUAAUUAAUAGGUGCACUACAGUUUAUUUUACACCGACAGAUAAAAAUUUUUAAUUAAAUAAAAACUGGAAACUAAGUAGGUGAAUUUAUUUUAUAAUAAUUGUGUUCUGGAAAUUACGAAGUGGUCGGGAUAUUUUUCAUAACAAUGUACAUUCUAUGUACAGAAUAUAUACUACAUUUUAUUCAUUUAUUUAAUUUUGUAGUCGCUUAAACAUUAAAAAAUACUACGUUUAAUACCAACGUUAAAUUAACAACAUGUGUGAUUUGGCAUUGGUUAAUUUAGGUCAUUACGUAGAGUAUAAUAGGAAUGAAUACUGAGGAACACUGCAAUAGUUUUUUUAAGUCGAAAUUAUUGUUAAUUACAACAUAAACUGACCGCAAAUAUGUACACAAGUUAAUGGCAAAGUCAAUGUUUUCCUUGAGUUGAUGCUUUUCAAAUUGGCCACCAGGCGUCGCCCACUUUGCGGUUCCUCGCCAAUAAUAUAAUAUGUAUGGAUUAUCCUCGAAAGGUGAUAUGAUCAACGAAAAAAGAAGAUGAAUUUGGUGACUUUUCUAGUAACUUUCUUGGGUGUGAAUCUGUCUUUUUAGUUUACUCCUCUUGGUUAAAAAAUCAACUAUAGAGUUCAGUUUUAUUAAACACUUAUGAGUAUUUUUUCGUGGGAGGUAGAAGAUUGUAGUAACCUUUUUUACUUGUCUUUGGCCAGAAAUAUUGUCCCAGUUCAUUCCUUUUAUCAUUUUUGAACAUUCAGUUUUAGUGUACUACAAAAUGGAGAUUUGAUCCAAUAAAAGGAAAAAAGUGUAUCCUUCCAGUAAUUUCUUUAUGCCCUGACACCCACAACAAAGUUACUUUAUUGAGAUUAGUAGUUAGUAAGGAAUUGUCCCAGUUCCAAGCAGUAAUACACUUUGUUUCUAGUUACUCGAGCACAAAAAUCUCUUGUCAGUAAUUGCGAUUGAAUAAAAAGCACUAACUUUUUCCAAGUGCAAUUGAAUAAUUUGUACAGGUACUGUAGCAAUGCAAUACAGCAAUGCACAAAACAUCUUGUUAGAUUGAGGUGCAAAGUGACUAACUAGUCUAUAUUUUACAUAUUCUACAUCUAGUAUAAUAGUUUCUUAGUUUUUGCACUUGACAUAUUUAUGACACAAUAUAGAUUAAGUAAUAUUCUUUUUAAUAUCUCAAUUUUGUUUAUAGAUGUUUAAUGCUUGGUUGCACUAACAUAUUUUAAGCUUAAGACGUGCCUUAAGCUCAGCUUACGAAACAUUCGCGUUGCACCAUUGAGCUUAUACGAGAGUAUAAGCUGAGCUGGGCUAAGCUGGGGCUUAAGAUCUGUUGGUGUAACCAGGUAUAAGAAACAUUUGAAUAUACAUAGUUGGUCGUUUUUAGCUGUUAUCUUGCCAAAAAUUUUGUAUGUAAAUAAAGUAGAGUAAUAAACAUAGGUAAGAGUUUGUACAUAUAUUUUAAGUGUAUUUCAUGUAAAUUGUAUACACAUCAGAGUAUAUUUUUGUUAAUAAUUUUACCAGGGUAAUAGUAAGUUACUUAUAGGUUUAGGCCAAUUUAGUUAGUUAUGGUGCAAGAGAAGAAAUUUUAUAUAUUGUAUUAAGAGUUUUCAUUUUUUGUGUGUUUACCGUAUAUUCAAGGUGUCCCAAAAGUAGUGGAACGGUCGAAUAUUUCGCGAUCUAAACAUCGGAUCGAAAAACUGAAAAAUACGUAUUCAAUCAUUUUCAAAAAUCUAUCCAAUGACAUCAAACACCAACCCCCACUACACCCCCUGGAGGUGGGGUGGGAGAUAACUUUAAAAUCUCAAAUAGAAACCCCCAGUUUGUCUUGCAGAUUUUAAUUUGUUACGUAAAAGUAAGCAACUUUUAAAGACAUUUUUUCGAACUGUGGAUAGAUGGCGCUAUAAUUGGGAAAAACGAUUUAUCCUGAAACCAUAGGUAAAUUAUAGAAACGGUCGAAUAUCUCGAGAAAUACACUUCCAAAUUAGAAACCAAAAAUCAGGUUUUUAAUAUUUAUCGAAAACCUAUCGAUAAACACCAAACAUAAGCCUCCAACCCACCCCCUGGAGGUGGGGUGGGGGGUAACUUUAAAAUCUUAAAUAGCAACCCCUACUUUUUAUUGCAGAUUCGGAUUCGACAUGAAAAAUUAAGCAACAUUUACUCGAAACAUUUUUUUGAAUUUUUGAUAGAUGGCGCUUUAAUUGGAAAAAUUAAAUACGAUUUAUUAGCGCCAUCUAUCAGGAAUUUUAAAAAAUGUUCCGAAUAAAUGUGGCUUAAUUUUUCAUGACGAAUUCGAAUUUGCAAUAAAAAUGGGGGUUGCUAUUUAAGAUUUUAAAGUUACCCCCCACCCCACCUCCAGGGGGUGGGUUGGAGGGUUAUGUUUGGUGUUUAUCGAUAGGUUUUCGAUAAAUAUUAAAAACCUGAUUUUUGGUUUCUAAUUUGGAAGUGUAUUUCUCGAGAUAUUAGACCGUUUCUAUAAUUUACCUAUGGUAUCAGGAUAAAUUGUUUUUCCCAAUUAUAGCGCCAUCUAUCCACAGUUCCAAAAAAUUUCUUGAAUAAAAGUUGCUUACUUUUACGCAACGAAUCCAAAUCUGCAAGAAAAACUGGGGAUUUCCAUUUGAGAUUUUAAAGUUACCCCCCACCCCACCUUCAGGGGGUGUUUACUGUCAUUGGAUAGAUUUUUGAAAAUGGUUGAACACGUAUUUUUCAGUUUUUCGAUCCGAUGUUUAGUUCGCGAAAUAUUCGACCGUUCCACUACUUUUGGAACACCCUAUAUAUACGGCUGUUUACCAGUUCUUUGAGCAAUUAUUUUAUUGUUUCCUGAUGGCAAGGAAUUAGUCCUUACCACCUUUGCUUUAUCGUAGCCUUUGGGACAGAAACUGAUGAUUCAUCACCCCGUCCACAAGUGAUGGGGUUAAAAACAGAAGAUGAACAGGUACUACCGAAAACCCCAUAUUAUAAUCACUGAUGAAAUAGAAACGUCAACAUUCAUAAUAAAGAAACGUGAAAUAAAUAUGACAUAAAUUAGGAAUUGACAAAUGAAGAAAUCGCUAUAAAAAUAGGAGAUCAAAUACCUAAUAACCUUCUGCUUUUUUAGCAAGAGCUUCAUCUUUAGCCUAUAAUUCCGUGUGUUUACUUUUAAAUUAGAUAUAGGAGUACACCCAAUACAUGGCAACACUGCUUCCCACACCUGAGCUGCGCGGAUUUAUUCAGUCAUUCGUCGAUUCUGCAGUGGCAAUGCAACUCAUUCUCAUAAGCAGUGUUGCCGAUUUUAGCGCUUCCUUCACUCGCCUAUCUCUAAUCGAAAACUAAUCAUAUGAUAUAUGAUGUAAACUAGUAAGCAGCUAAAUACUGAAAGAAGUAACAUUAAAAUUUAGUCUGGUUUGUUUAUACCAGAAAAGACGAAGAAUCUCAUAUACAAAUCCUAAUCCUGGAUUGACUAAACAAAAUUGGAUGUAAUAUAUAAAUUUCUUCUCGCAUUUAAUUUUAAUAUAUUUUAUUUAUAUCAAUGAUUUAAAUAUAUAUAAAUUUGACUAUAUAAUUUGUUAUGUAUAGGGCCCGGUCUUUUCACCUCCGAAUAAAAGUUAUUCGGAGGUUUAUUUGACAGAUUUACAUGUAAUCUGCCGGAUAAACUUCCUAAUAAAUAGUUAUUCGGAGGUGAAAAGACCGGGGGUAGUUCUAUGAAGAUUUUUGCGAUGUUAAGAUUUGUGUUAUUUUCAGUAAAUAUUUUGAUAAGAAA